CUGAAGAGGGUAGAGGGUGAAAAGGUAGCCAAACUUCGUGAACUCAGCGAUGCUCUAAAUGCUCACUUGCGCGCGUUGCAGACUGUGGGAACAAAGGAGCAGAUCGCCGACUGUUUAUUAAUUCAGCUAGUUUCUCAAAAGUUGGACAUCAAGUCUCGUGCCAAAUGGGAGGAGCAAACACCUGCAAACGAAAUACCAACGUGGGAUUCGAUGGCUACAUUUUUAGAACAACGCUGUCAGCGACUGGAAAAUGUAGAAAACGCUCUUGCGACGCCGGAAAAACAGUUCAUUUCUGGCAUAGGCCAAAAUGAUUUCGCCACCAAUCAUAUCGUUGAUUUAAGGCUCCAUUCGCGUGUUACUGAUUAUACGGCUAACUUGACAGCAGUCGUCACAUCCACCAUUACCGAUAUUCAACCAAGUCGCUCGUUAAAAUGCGUUGAUUGGAACAUACCUUCGAAUAUACGCUUAGCGGAUCCAUUAUUCUUUGAACCUCAACGCAUUGACAUGCUCAUUGGAGCUAGCUUAUUUUUCGACCUACUUUGUGUUGGUCAAAUACGCUUGGCUGAAAGUAUGCCAAUUUUGCAAAAAACCAAAUUGGGUUGGAUAGUAUCGGGCGCAACUGCGUACAACGCUGCAAAAUUAUCGUGCCUAACAGCCAUCGACAUGGCUCUAACAAAUGACUCUGAUGUCGAAUUAAACAAAUUAGUGGAACGCUUUUGGGAAGUAGAAACCUGUAAAGAAUCUUCGCCAAAGACUACGGCAGAAGAAGAUUUGUGUGAAGCUCAUUUUUUUAAAAACUACAGACGUUUAAAAUCCGGUGAGUUUUCUGUUCGAUUACCAACAAAAUUACCUUCGUUCGAACUGGGAAAGCCUUAUCAGCAGGCUGUUAAUCGGUUCAGAGCUUUGGAACGAAGAUUGCAGCGAAAUGCUGAACUUAAAAAACAAUAUUCAUCGUUUAUCAAGGAGUACCUUGAUUUGAAUCACAUGUCAGUCGUUGACGCUAUACCAAGCAAAGUUCCUAUAAAUUUUUUGCCGCAUCAUUGCGUUUUAAAGGCCGAUAGCACAACAACAAAACUGCGUGUGGUGUUUGAUGGCUCGGCGCCCACUAGCACUGGACGUUCGCUGAACUCGAUGCUGAUGAAAGGACCAACCAUUCAACAACAACUUUUUGAUAUUUUGCUCAGAUUUCGUACAUUUAAAAUUGCUCUUACAGCAGACAUUUGUAAAAUGUAUCGCUGUGUAAGAAUGUCUUAUCCAGAUAACUUUCUUCAAUGCAUAAUAUGGAGAGACAGCCCUAAUGAAGAGUUCCGUAUUUUUAAAUUAGAUACCGUCACCUACGGAACAAAGCCUGCCUCUUUUUUAUCGAUUCGAUCGAUGCAGCAACUUGCCCAGGACGAAGCGCACCUCUAUCCGGUUGGCGCUGAAACAAUAAAACAUGCAUUCUAUGUUGAUGAUAUGAUAUCCGGCGCCGACUCGGUGGACGAAGCCAAGGUUAUGCUAAAUCAGACGAGGAAGUUGCUGUCUCUUGGAAACUUUCAUUUGAGAAAAUGGUGCUCAAACGAUAAUCGCAUUUUGACUGAUAUAGCAGCUAAUGACAAACAGGAAUUCCUAAAGUUCGAUGAUGAUACACACAUAACAAAGGCACUUGGAUUGGUUUGGGACCCCAGUUUGGACGUUUUUAUAUUUUCAUUUUCGCCUUUUGCAACGCCGGCCAAGGUAACUAAGCGUACUAUUCUUUCAGCCAUUGCUAGACUGUAUGACCCGCUUGGUUUGAUCGGACCUGUGGUGGCCAAGGCCAAAAUAUUCCUGCAGCAGUUGUGGAAGGAGAAGCUACAUUGGGAUGAAAGCCCAUCGCAGGCAAUACAAUCGGAAUGGCUGGAAAUGUGCAGUCAAUAUAAGCUAGUUGCACAUUUUAGUUUCGACCGAUACCUGCUAAUGCCCGAAGCUGACCUACAGAUGCAUGCCUUUUGUGAUGCAAGUGUUGCUGCUUAUGGGGCCUGCAUAUACAUACGAGCUGAAAGAGAAGGAUACAUUCAGACCAAUCUGCUUUGUUCCAAAUCGCGCGUUGCCCCGCUUAAAACUCUUACG